CUGGCCUGCGUCUACACAACACACAGCUACAGGAAAAGAGCUUUGAGGGGGGCAGGUGGGGGCAUAAUUUAGCUCUGCACAGGUUUACGGCUCUUUUCCAGCUACAGAUAUCCGCUCCUCACUCCUGGAUCGGGUUUCUCCCAAAUCACCUCCAAAGCAUGGUGUUUAUGAGCCUACUGAAUCCGAUACUGCAAUGGAAUUCCGGAUAUCUGCAGACAGAUAUCCCGGCUUUGCAAGUGUCUGGUCGGAUCGUGGGCAAUCUCUCCUUUUUGCAGAACGCCCGCUCCUAGCGGUACAGCUCCGACCUCGGGCAGCGCCCGGGCCACCGCAAGACUGGCCCUUUCGAGUCCUAGGCAGGCAGGCCAUUCGCGCAGCGGGCCGCCCCGCAACAGGUCACCCUGACCGCGAGAGUGCGGGUCCGCAGAUAGCCAGCUGGGCAGUCCGGCUUCGGGGCGCAGCUGCCAGGGCCGGAGGGGGUGUGGCCCGGCUCGGCCGGUCCCCACUCCCGCUCACCUGAACGGAGGCAGAGGCGCCUCCCGGAGCCAGGGCAGCGCUGGCGGAGGCCGGGGGCUUCCGCCACCCGGGAGAAAAAGAGGCGAGGCGGGCUCCGGGGGUCGCCAUGCCCGGGGCCCCAGGACAGAGACCUGGAGCGGAGACCCCAUGGCCGCCUCCUGACGCCGAGAGCGAGCCGCCAAGGGAGACGCGGCCCUGGUUCCCAGACCCCGGGCCCCCUCUCCCUGAGCCCGAGCUCCGCAGCCCCCUCCCCGCGCCGAGGGCGAACAGCGCUGGAGCCCGCGGCCGGGAGAUCAACACACCGCAGCGCCCGGGCCGCCGCCAUUCCCCGCGCCGCCGCCGCCGCAGCUGCGGCUCAGCGCCGCCCGGGGGGCGCAGCGCACCCACCUUCCCUCCCCCCCACCUCCCCGCACCGCCCUACAAGGCUCCGCACCAGGCCCGCGGCCAGAGCACCGACCUGUGCAGCCGGGGCAGACGCCUCGGACGGUGGAAAGACGGCGCCGGCCUCCCGCUCCGCCGCUUUGCCGCCGCCGCCUAGGCUAGCGCUCGGCAACCCGAGCAGUCGGCGUCUCUCAUUCAGCGCCCGCAGCCGCCGCGGCCGCUCGGGGGAGGGGAGUGAGCUGGAUCCACCCCGUCCGCGCCGAGGGUGGGGGAGGAGAGCGGACCGGGCGGGGGCGUGCGCCGAGAGGGCGGGGCGGAGCCGCGCUCGCGCACCAACCGGGCGCGCUCGCGCGGGCCCCGAACGCAGCGGCCGGCGGGGUCUUCCCCGCGCGCGCCCCCGCCAGCGGCGCUUCUGCCGGGCCGAGCCCAACUGCUGCCGGGGGCCCGCGGCCGCGGCGCGCGCCUACAGCCGCAGUCCCUCCGCCCUGCGCGCGUGGGAGGGAGGGGCCGCUCCCGGCCAAACGAGGGGGCGGGGAAGGGUGGGAGGACCGACAGGUGGGGGCCCCCGCCGCAGCCCCGCCACCCGCGCCUCCACGGUGAAAUCCGCUGUGGUGUCCGUCGCUUCAGCGCCACCACCUCACCUUUAA